AGCUUUCUCAUAUAUUUUCUUUAGGAUUACUUUGUUUUCUCGUGGUUGGCGAGAAAGUUAAUGGAGGAGAGCUACUAAAACCUUUUGAUCCUUUCACUCACAAUAUUCAGUUUGGAACGCAUGGUAAAACAGCCGAUUCAAUAGAAAUGAAACAUUGGGUUGCUUAUGCGACGAAGGGGUCAGGUGAAUAUUAUGGCUCUAAAGCCAAGAUAAAUCUUUGGAGUCUACCACAUGAUAUUAAACCUUCACAGCAGCAAAGUGGGUACGCAAUGUGGGUGUCGAAUGAGCAUGAAAUCACUAAUGCCGUGAUAGCAGGAUUUCAAGCGGAUGGUUAUAAUUCAACUGGUUGUUAUAAUCUUAUGUGCAAAAGCUUUGUAAUGGUUGAUUGGAAUGUACUUACACCAGGAAGUGUGGUUGGUCCUGUUUCCAUUUAUAAUGGAGCGCAGUACUAUAUAACAAUUAGUGUAAAAAAGGAUGCUAAAACUAGAGAUUGGUUUUUAUACAGAGAAGAUUUAGGUGAACCCAGAUUAAUAGGUUAUUGGCCAAAGUCUCUCUUUACAACUUUAGCUGAUAGGGCAGAUGCGGUUUCAUGGGGUGGAAUGGUUAGUUAUGAUACGGAUGAUGCUGGUCCUCCAUUGGGUAGUGGACACCAUGCUAGUGAAUUGGAAAGAAAAGCAGCAUAUUUUAAAAAUAUUGAGAUAUUUUAUUCUGAUGGUAAAUCUCAUGACUUAAUUGAUGGCGAACAAGAUCGAUUUGCCGAUAAGGAAGAAUGUUACACAAUUAGUAAACUUGUUGAUUCAAGCAAGUAUGGACGACAUGAUGGACAUUUAUUUUAUUUUGGUGGACCUGGUGGAUGCGAUGGUUGA